AGCCUUCAGUAAAUAAUAAAUUGAAAUGUCGUGAAGGAGGAUUAUUUGAUUAAACCGCACCAAUCACAAAACAGAAUUAGUGGUUUUAGUACAAAAUUUUGUGUCAUAUCCAAGCUAAAUGUGCUGAACAAAGACGGCUUCCUUUUGUGGGAACAAAGUUAACUGGGGCAUUCAUGUUCUCAUUUUCCACCCAUUUCACAUAGAUCUCAGGGUUUUUUCUCACAUCUGGAAAACUGGAAUAGAAUAUUACAUUUUGUGCAUUACAUAUUAAAUUACAAAUUCAGCUCAGCUUCAAUCUUCUUGGAUAUUUCCAUUUCAUGACUGUUAGUACAUAAAUUAACUUUUCCUCAUUUGACUGAUGACUUCUUGAAAAAAUAAAGAUGACCCAAUAUAUUACCAACAUUGCAAUAGGGGAAGUGUUACCAUACCAGUAUGAACCAGAAGUAGUAGAAAAAAACAAGCAAUGUUACUGAUCAAAGCAAUUCAGAACAAGAGCGUGAUUCAGAACAAGAGCGUGAUUCAGAACAAGAAACCUUUUUUCCCUUGACGAGGAAAUCGAUCAUGAGUUUGAAUGAGCAAAUGCUUGGUGUCUCCAAACUCUAAGCUGGUGUAAAUGUGAACAUUGUACUUUAUCACCAAAACUAAUUGAAUGUUUUUGUUGCCAUGAGAAAGCAUUAGAGAACGAUGAAUACGAUGCACUUCUCAAUCAAACGGAAACACAAGGAGCAAAAUGCUGGAGGGGGUGAAACAUUUUACCUCUGUGAAGGGUGCAAAAUAAAUUUACUCCCUUUUUAUAAGUAAAAAUAUGAUUACCCAACAAGGAAUAUUGCUGGGAAUAAAUUAAAGUAUAUUAACUGAAAAAAAAUUUAUUUUAACACAUGUUUACUGUGAAUCAAAUGCAAUAUCACAAGUCUGAAUCGGUUAUAUUUUUCAAGUUCUUUAAAAAAUGUUUGAACAGAAAUUUGGCUCUGGCCCUAAACAAUCGUACAUGAUAUGCAAUUUGGUGCUUUGGACGCUUUCUCUGAUCACUGCACAAUGGGGUAUAUAAUACUCACACCCAAUAGGUUCAGGUGCUGCCAUUUCAACUAUGCCCUGUUCCAGCCGCUCAUUGAUGUUGUUGUUGUAUUGUUAGAGUUUACCUAGUGCAUUUCAAUCAUUGGGGGGACGAUUACCUUUCCAAGGGAAACUUGUUUUGUACCAACCGCCGUCAGGAUCACAUGUAAGUUGUUCGUGAAAUUCCUGGUGCACGUCUCGAUCACUCAAUGGAGAGUCCACUAGACCAAGAACGUCUAUAGCACAUGAACUCUCAUAGUCUGUCAAAGCAUUAACAGCUAGGAAUCCAGUGACAUCACUAUCUAACCCUGGGACCAUUAUAUUGCCCAACCAAAACAAGUGUGCUCAGGGAUUGGUUCAACUUGUCUACCAAUACGAGACCGAACUGACGUGCAUACUUAGGUAGUGCCCAAAAUCAUGUGGACCUGUAAUUUCUGUUUAGUAGCCGACUAAUUCAAUUACCGAUUGUAAUUAUAUGAAAUUCAUUUAAAAGUCUCUGAAUUGGACUCGCCAGCCUAAUUUAUUGAAAAACUUUAUGUGGUUCAGAUCUUGGGCAUGCACGUAAUCUAUCAAAAGUUGUGUAUAUAAAAUGUUGUUUGUGAAUAGUUCAGAAGCAAUAUGAGUUUUUUUCUUCUUGUGAAUUUACGACCAGAUGGUAAUCUUGUACGAAUCGCACGGCUCAUAGUAGAUAAAGAAACGUUUUGAACACAUCCAAUUGCAUCUACCAAUACACCCCAAAUUUCUGACAAGCUGAAUGACCCUCUCGCAAGCUUAAGAACUUCUAUUAACUCUAAAUCCUCUUGAGACAAUAUUGAACGUUGUCCCCCAGAAACCGGCAAUUGUUCCUCUAUGUAUUUGUUGCAGAACCGUUACCAGAUUUUCUUAAUUGAGUUUGGAAUAGUUUGAAAUAUCGUGCUAUACAUGCGUAGCCACAUGAAAUAUUUUGUGUUAUUCAGUCUCCACCGCUUUCCAAUAUUAUAUCUAUUAUAUGUCUAUGGAAAUCUGGCAAAAGCGCUUUUCUUGAUUUGAAAGUCCUUCCGAAUUUAUAAAUUUCGCCAUUUUAUUACAACAGGGCAAGCACCAUUUUACAUAACUACAAGCUGUAAAAACAUGUGCAAUUUUUAAAUAAACUGCUUUAAGCCGCCUUAGUAAGGCCACUAUUUGUUGUAUAUUAGUUUCUCAUCCGGGGCUUCACCUAAAGUUGAUGCGGGCGGGCGGGCCAUUGCCAUUAUUUGCCGGCUUUCCCCUCUCCGCAAAAUUUACUUUUCGAAAAGUGCACAUUAGGCAUUUAUAUAAUAUAUAGUGCGUACCAGAAAAUACAGGAAUCGCAGUGUAUGUUUUAUACAACUGCAACUUUUUUCAAGGUAUAAAUCGAGACCGAUAAACCUGCACUUCUCCCCCCCCCCCCAAAAAAAAAUAAAAUAUCAGAAAACUGAAUAUCAACAAAAUAUCAAACAAUGAAAUAUAAUGUCUUUAUUUAAUACUCCUCUGUAAUAAGUGUUUCUUAAUAUUUCUUUGUAAAAAAACAAUAUAAUAAUAAAAUAAUAAUAAAUCUCUCUUAUUAAUAAAUACAUCAUCUAUUUAACAAAAUGUGUGGAAAAGUUGUACCUCUCUUAAUAUUUCUCUGUAACAAAUCUUCUUAUUAAUAAAUACAUCAUCUAUUUAACAAAAUGUGUGGAAAACUGGAACACAAUAUGAACAUUUCUAGGAAACAUGCGACACUGUACAUAUGUAAGUAUAGAAAGUUUACAUGCGCUUCUGUACAGAUGGUUUGGAGUCGCAGUUAUUACACUGAGGAUAACAACCUUCUUUCGUCAUGAGAUUCGCAGAUCCACAUCAAUAAAUACAAAUGGGAUCCUUGUUCAUGGAAAAAUAAAGUUUCUCUAAAGGAUCAUAGCAUUGUAUAUCUCUGAUGCAUACAUCAGCUAAGCAGCCGUUGAGGUCAAGAUCUGAUAAGGUCGCACCACAUGUGUAGGUAUAGUCGGAAAGGGCAUUGUCCAGCUGUAAACGUUCAACAGCUGUUAACUUGCACUUUGAGUAGACCAAGCGCCACAUCUCACAUUCUUCGCAUUGAAUCAUCAUGUUGGUGUUUCAUGCAUGCUGGACACUAGCAACGAAUAGCAACGUUUUGAGUCUUGCAGGAUGUUUCUGAAGUGUAGGGCGAUGUUUUUCACUUGUCGUUUUGCUAUAAACUACCUCAAAUGGCUUGUAGUGACCGUCAUCGUUUGGGACUGGAUCGGGAAGGACUUGAUUUCUUCAAAGACAUCAGAAGGAAGGCAAGGUGGCUUACAUAUUCUGCAGUCAGUUUCUCCACACUUUUUGAUGCAGAAAGAGUAGUGCCUCAACUGGCAGCAAUGCUCAAUGAACGCUUUGAUCUUCAGGUACUCAGGUAG